AUCAUAGCAAACUAAUUUGUUAGCAGUGACAGUGACCUUAUCCUCAUUCCGAUAAUAAUCUUAUAAAAUUUGAAAACUAUUUUAUUUAGGUAUUACCUUUUCAUACCGAAACAGUACAAGCACUAUAGUGAUUGAUUGAAUGUGCAAAGUUCAAUUAGAAAGUUUUCAUUAGUUAAAUCAAUCUACGACCAUCCUUCGAACUUAAAGAGGUUAUCUACAAAAUGGAAAACAAAGCCGACUUUGAUUAUCCUCACACUUUUAUUCUUUUGGGAGCCUCUGGUGAUUUGGCCAAGAAGAAAAUAUAUCCGACCAUUUGGUAUUUGUACCGUGAUAACGUACUUCCGAAGAACACAAAGUUUGUUGGUUAUGCUCGCACCAGCCAGACUGUCAGUGAGGUGAGGGAGAAAUGUAAAAAGUACAUCAAAGUUCGUCCCGGAGAGGAGGACAAGUACGAGGAGUUCUGGGCGGCCAACGACUACCUGGCGGGGGCCUACGACAAACGAAUCGACUUUGAGAAGCUUAACCAGCUCAUCUGUAAAAACGAAAAAGGUAUAGUGGCUAACAGAAUCUUUUACUUAGCAGUGCCACCCACUGUAUUCGAAGAUGUCACUGUGAAUAUUAAGAACUCGUGUGUAGCUAUCAAGGGCUACACUCGGGUAAUUAUUGAAAAGCCUUUUGGACGAGAUGAUGUGUCAUCGGAUAAAUUGAGCAACCACUUGGCCAAUUUGUUCAAGGAAGAACAAAUUUAUAGAAUAGACCAUUAUCUAGGUAAAGAAAUGGUUCAAAAUCUUAUGACAAUCAGAUUUGCUAAUCAGAUAUUCUGCCCAUCAUGGAACAGGUCCAACAUUGCAUCAGUACUCAUUUCAUUCAAGGAGCCCUUUGGCACUGAGGGCCGUGGAGGGUACUUUGAUGACUUUGGUAUGAUAAGGGAUGUGAUGCAGAAUCAUUUGCUUCAAAUAUUGUCCCUGAUUGCUAUGGAGAAACCAGUCUCUCUGCACCCUAAUGAUAUACGUGACGAGAAAGUUAAAGUUCUCCGACACAUUCCAGCAAUAGAGAUGAAGGACAUUUUAGUUGGACAGUAUGUUGGCAACCCCAAUGGAAACGGUGAAGAGAAGUUGGGCUACCUGGAUGAUCCAACAGUACCUAAAGGAUCAGUCACUCCGACAUAUGCACUAGCGGCACUGUGGAUCAACAAUGCCCGUUGGGAGGGAGUGCCAUUCAUCCUCAGAUGCGGAAAAGCUCUCAAUGAAAGGAAAGCUGAGGUCAGAAUCCAGUAUAAGGAUGUCCCUGGAGACAUAUUCGGUGGUAACACCAAGAGGAAUGAGUUGGUGAUACGAGUUCAACCUGGAGAGGCUUUGUAUUUGAAGAUGAUGAGCAAAUCUCCAGGAAUGAAGUUUGACUUGGUGGAGACAGAGCUAGACUUGACAUACAGCAUGCGCUACCGGGAGGCUGAUGUGCCUGAUGCAUAUGAGAGGCUAAUCCUAGAUGUAUUCACUGGCACCCAGAUGCACUUCGUGCGAAGUGACGAAUUGAAAGAGGCUUGGCGUAUUUUUACUCCCAUUCUGCAGCAGCUUGAAGAAAACCACGUCCAGCCACAUCCCUACGUAUUUGGCUCCCGAGGCCCAGCUGCUGCUGAUGGCAAGCUUGCAGAGUACAACUUCAAGUACUCUGGCUCAUACAAAUGGCAAAAACCCUCCAUUUGCUAAUGUUAUUUUUAAGAUUAGUAUCUUCUAAGCACUGGUGAUGGUGUUCUGUUGGUGAUAUUUUUAUACUUAUAAUUAGUAAGACAUUUUGCAUAAUUUUAGCAUCAUAUGCUGUAAUUCUAAUAAUUUAUUGCAUUCCUUGAUAAUUAUUUAUUUUGGGCUUUGUACCCACCUAUAUCCUAGAGACUAGUGUCAGCAUUCCAUCCAUUUUAUUCAAAUUAGUUAGGGAAAGUCCACUGGAAUUUAUCUUGUGUAUUUGGACAGUAUAAAGAUACAAAAAAUUAUCACAACUAUAUUGUAAACUUUGUUAAUAGUUUGCUAUAGUACCUAUACUGAUUUUGAUAAUAUUCUUCUCAUACUUUCAAUGUUAAGUCAAUGUCAUGAAAAGUACAAUACGUAAGUAACACCAAAAAGCGGCUAUGUGAAUAAUUCAAAGGUCAAGUAAACUUCACCUUUUACACAAUAAAUGUACAUUAAUUUAUGAGAGUCAUGUGUUGUCAAGUGCCUGCUAUUUAAGUGCAUUAUCUUAUCUAUGUUCCAUUACUAGUUUUUGAUGACCACUUGUAGGUAAUUAGUUUAUCAGCAAGUUUUGUUAUUGUUGAGGUGAAAUCAGGUGUUUGAAACAUUGGCUACUUAAUUACUAAAGUAUUGAUAUGAUUUGUACCUCUGCAUAUCUAUUAAUGAAUAUACCUACUCACCAUUAUGAAUAUAAUUUACUGACCAAUGUUCCUAUCUCUGUGAUGAUGACGAACAAUAUUUUUAUAAUUAUAUAUUUUACUUAAACUGCGUGUAAAUAUUCAGAAAACUAAGGGCAAGUUUUUUAAUUGUGAAAAUUUCACUAGUAAAAUAUGGGUUACAAGUGUGGCCAGUCGCCACCUAUCACUUCAAGACGUCUUCACGACACCACUGAGCCAUACAGAUGGCCCCAAAUUCUUACGCAGGCAGGGGCUGAAUCUCCACAAUUAUAUUGACAUUUGUAUCAUAUUCUUAUGUAUUUUUCUAUCCAAUUUAAUGUUAUUAUAUCUAGGUACCUAACCGCAGAGCUUAUUUUUAUAUCCUAUACAGCUCAAUCUCAAAUCCCUAUUAAGCAUGAAUAAGUAUUUAGAUCUUCGUGUAAGCUUGUUUAAUGUAAUGUGCAAUGCAAAGGGAAUACUUACUGAAUUAGUGAUUUUAUUGCUCAUAAGGAUAAUAUAAAUUGCUCUUUUUAUACAUAUAAGAUAUUUUAACAUGCCUUUACUGUUGCUAUCAUGUUUUCAUUGAUGUCUAUUGAUAAAUUUUAUUUAUAUUUUUGGUAUGUAAGGUACUUUUUGAAACUUUUACAAUUUAAUUUUAAUAAAUGGUUCAUGAGACGUU